AUGAGCGACCUUGCGCUGGAUCCGCAGUUGAAGACCUUGAGGACAGACACAUUGCAACGUACUGUAUCUGGACGUCCCCAUCAAGACGCACAGCUGGGACAACGAGCAGAUGAAACUCCAGCGUACGACAUCCUUCAGGACCAUGACCUCGCAGCAGAACGUGCGCAGACAUGGACAGGCAUCGCUAGAUUCGGUUUCAAUGCCAUGCUUGCUUCGCCCAUGUACAGGAACAAGUUACGGCUAAAGCCAGCCAAGAUGGAACGCAUUGUGUACUUCCUGACGACGCCUGACGCUAAGUCGCAGGAGCGCCAUCGAGCGGAUGCCCAAGUAAAGCACCAAGCACAGCAGUGGGGGAUGCAUAAUGGACUGUUAUAUCGGAAGGCAGAUCGAGCGCAUCAGAUCCGACGACAUGUUGGUGCUGAUGAGGCGUUCGACGUAAUCACAGCUGAGCACUUGCUGGCGAACCAUCCAGGGCGCGACAAGAUGCUGAAAUUACUCGAAGUGCGUUACAUCGGCUACACCAAAGAGGAGCUCAUGUACGUGCUCGAUCAUUGUCUGGCACAUUGCCCUCCGAACGCCCAAAGGUAUUCCGACAGUCAGAAAUCACUUCUGAUGGACGAAACCAACUACUUGGGCGCUGCAAUCUUCUGGCUCUACAUCCUGGCCGCGCUCUUCUUCUCCUCCGUGGUGAUCUGGACUAUCCUCAACAUCAAACAAACUGGCCAACGGACAUCCCGCAAUGGCAUCAAGAACAGCAGCGAUACCUGGCUCUUCAGCGCACUGGCUGGCCUCAGCUUCGCAACCCUGAGCGCCAACAUGCUCAACGUCUUGAUUCAGUCAUACCGAGCAUGGUCCGCGAGGCACAGCACGAAUGCAAGCUUGAGUCCGACUCAGAUAUGGCACUGGUCGAUCACCUCGACUCUCUUCCAAGACUUUGGGGAGGCCAUUGUGAAAGACAGCGUCCGCUACUUCUGGGCGCAGUCAGCCCUACUAGGGACUCUUUCAAUAUGCAUCUUCAUGGGUGUGGAAGGUGGGUCUUCAUCACCCUCGUUCUACGACACAGCUGAUUGCCUAGGCCGUCAACGUCAGAUCCCUCGACUCUGGGCAUUCUUUGGCUUAAGCCAGAUCCUUCCGAUCAGCUUCAUGCAGAACCUGUUCUACUUGGCCCUAUUGCGUCAGCCGAUCAAGCGGACACAAACGCUGGUCCCAAUUACCUACCUCCUCGCCGUCGUUGUGUCUUACUGCGCUUGCCUACUUCUCGCUCCAGCAAUGAUAGGAGGCUCCUGGCUGAUCACGAUCAUUGUGGAGGCCAGGUUUUUCCUGCUAGCGCCUCUCGUUAUCUUGCACUCUGCUAAACCCAACAACCCGAAUGUUGGGGAGCUCAUGGCCGACCGUUCGCAGGCACAGAGCGUUGUCUUGUUUGCCGCGUUGGGCUGUUCAGCAUAUCAAAUAUAUCGCUUGGUACAGGAUGGAGUGACCGGGAAGGAUGUUCUUGACGGUCUCUUUGACCAUCCAGCUGUAAGCUCAAUGGGCUGCGACUUCAUCUUGUCGGCCAUCAGCUAUGGGCUGUGGACAUUCAGAGGCGGGCCGUCAGCUCGGACAAAAGUAGCAUGA